AUGACGAUCCUCUGGAAGCAGAAAUCCGUGCUCCUUUCCCUGGUUGGCCUCGCGCAAGCAGUGACCUACCAUGUCACGAAGGAAUAUAGUGGAUCCACCUUUUUCAAUGAUUGGGACUUUUAUGGUUCUCAUGACAAUCUUACCAAUGGUGAUGUAGAGUUCAUUUCCGCCUCAGAGGCCAGAACGCCUUCAAGCCUGGCAUACGUGGAUCCCAACACAAAUAGGGCGAUCGUCAAGGUUGACAACACCACCGAGGUCCCAUACAUGGAGAAGCGAAAGGCUGUUAGGAUUACCAGUAAAGACGCGUUUCCUGUUGGGAGCGUGUUCAUUACGGAUAUCCACCACGCUCCGUGGACUUGGGCUGCCGCUGAUGACAACUGGCCAGCAGGAGGGGAGAUCGAUAUUUUCGAAGGCAUUAACCAGGAAACGCGAAGUCAAAUGGGUCUCCACACUGAACCGGGUUGCGUUCAGACAUCGCCAAACCAACUCACAACAGAGGUCCGAUCCACUGACUGUCACGGACCAAACAACGAGGGAUGUAUCGUUUCCAACACUGACCCAGCUUCAUAUGGACCUGCUUUCGCUGCAGCUGGGGGAAGCGUCUUCGUCACUGAAUUCGCGGAAACAGGGAUCUCGAUCUGGUUCUUCUCCCGGGCCAACAUCCCAGGUUCAAUUACUCCAACAGCAACAAGCAUCGAUACAGCCACUCUAGGCACCCCAAUGGGCCAUUGGCCAGCCACCGGCUGCGAUAUCAACCGAUUUUUCAGACCACAGAAUCUUGUAUUUGCGAUCACCCUAUGUGGUGACUUUGCACGCCCUCCUGACAUUUUCGGGCGCACCUGUGAAGGACAAUGUUAUCUGGAUUUUGUCAUCCAAGACCCCGGAUACUACUCCAACGCCUAUUUUGAUAUUGCGUAUGUCAAGGUUCUCAGCACUGAACCUUCCUCUAGCACGGACAUUGCCUCUUCGCCUGCGGCUUCGAGAUUCUCCACUGUCACUGCCCCUAACGGGGAUGCCUCCGAAACGGACGCAUCAGAAAGUGCCGCAUUUGGUAGAAGUCUCCUAGUAUCGGGCGUAGGCCUUGGCGCGUUGAUUCUUAUUCCCGCUGCCCUCGUUUAUCUUAUCUGA